AGAGGUUUCUUGGCGGGUCCGGGCGUCGAGUGACGACUUGCCCGCCUGCUCGCGCUCACCGUCCCGAGCGCAGCUGGGAAGGAAUAAUGCUGUCAGCAUGUCUGCACACUGCAUGCUCAGUGAACGAAUUACCAUAGCCAAGGAACUGAUCAAGAGAGCAGAAUUACUUUCUAGAUCAAGAAAAGGUGGCAUAGAAGGUGGUGCGAAGCUGUGCAGCAAAUUAAAGGCAGAAUUAAAAUUCUUACAGAAAGUAGAAGCUGGGAAAGUGGCUAUUAAAGAAUCCCAUUUACAGAGCACAAAUCUAACACACCUAAGAGCGAUUGUGGAAUCAGCAGAAAACCUGGAAGAAGUUAUUAGUGUUCUCCAUGUUUUUGGUUACACAGAUACCUUGGGAGAAAAGCAGACCCUUGUGGUGGAUGUAGUUGCAAAUGGUGGUCAUACUUGGGUGAAAGCCAUUGGCCGAAAGGCUGAAGCUCUGCAUAAUAUUUGGCUGGGCAGGGGCCAGUAUGGUGACAAAAGCAUCAUUGAACAGGCUGAAGACUUUCUCCAGGCCAGUCACCAGCAACCAGUGCAGUAUAGCAACCCUCAUAUCAUCUUUGCCUUUUACAACAGUGUUUCCAGCCCCAUGGCAGAGAAGCUGAAAGAAAUGGGCAUUUCUGUAAGAGGUGACAUAGUAGCAGUUAACUCUCUGUUAGAUCAUGCUGAAGAGCUCCAGCCAAGUGAGAGCGAAUCAGAUGAUGAAGGGCCUGAACUUUUACAGGUGACCAGAGUAGACAGAGACAAUAUACUAGCAAGUGUUUCGUUUCCAACAGAGAUUAAGGUGGAUGUGUGCAAAAGAGUAAAUCUAGACAUCACUACUUUAAUUACAUAUGUAUCUGCUCUCAGCUAUGGGGGCUGCCACUUUAUCUUCAAAGAAAAAGUGCUCACAGAACAAGCAGAGCAAGAGAGGAAAGAGCAGGUUCUACCACAGCUCGAGGCUUUUAUGAAGGACAAGGAGUUGUUUGCUUGUGAAUCUGCUGUCAAGGAUUUUCAGUCUAUCCUAGAUACCUUAGGAGGACCUGGAGAGAGAGAGAGGGCUACUAUGCUAAUUAAGCGAAUUAAUGUGGUGCCAGAUCAGCCCUCUGAGCGUGCCUUGAGACUGGUGGCCAGUUCAAAGAUCAAUAGUCGCUCAUUAACGAUUUUUGGGACUGGGGACACCCUAAAAGCUAUCACAAUGACUGCCAAUAGUGGUUUUGUCCGAGCUGCCAAUAAUCAGGGUGUUAAAUUCAGUGUGUUUAUCCAUCAGCCCAGAGCACUUACUGAGAGCAAAGAAGCUCUAGCCACCCCCUUAGCAAAAGACUAUACAGCUGACAAUGAACACUAAUGUCACCCUUUAAAUAUUCUCAUGGAAAUAAGUUAUUUAUACCAAAGGCUGUGUCUUUCCACCUUAAGUAGCUAAAAAAGGUCUAGUAAAAUAAUACUACAACUCUAAUAAGUAGAGUUGAUUGUGUUUCAUCUAUAAAGUAUGUAGCCUUCUAAAAGGAAAAUCCUGAGACAACCUAAUAUAUCAAACUAUAUAUAGCAGUUAAACAAUACGUCUAUAUAAGGCUUCUAGCUGUAUCACAGUACUUUUGUUUGAUUCAGUAGGGCUACAAAUCCUUUACAAGUAAUCGCAUUUCAUGGAAUAUGGCUACAUUGCAUCAUGCAUUAAAUAUUUGAAGAAAA